AUGGAAAUGCUUCUAUCGACAUCCCCUGAUUUAAAACCGUCUUUUAUCGAUAGAGAUAACCAACUAGAAGAAUCAGUGACUAUUCCCCUAACAGUAGCGAUGAAGAUUUUUAAGAAAAAGCUUGAGAAUCGAUGUAUUGAAAUUAAACAUAAAGAUAUUCCUUCCAAUUUGGUUAAGAACGCGAAAUCAGCUUGUGACAGAUACAAUUUUCUAGUUCAUAAUGAUAUUAAAGAUAGUCAAGGAAUUUGUGGAAUUACUGGUCAUUGGAUCAUUGGCAGUAAUAAAGAAUGGAGAAAUGAAUUAAACGAAAUACAACAAAAAGAAAUUCAAGAAAAUACCUUAAAAAUUCCUCAAUAUAAACCAGCAAAAAAAAAACAAAAUAAAUGGAUACACCAAGGAUCGUUAGAAAGUAAAGUUGAAAGACCCUUAUUCGCUAAAAGGAAAGGUGAACAGGAAGUGGAACACGAGGAAGUCAAGAAGAAACAAAAAAACCAAAUGUCAUGGGCCGAUGAUGCUGAAAUAGCCUUUGGAGAUGUUGAACCACAGCAAGCCUUAAAUUCCGAUUCUAUCUUGAAAGAUUCUAUCGAUAACUUAAGCAUUGGAAACGUUGAAUCAAAAGAAAGCAUUAAAAAUGGCAAAGGAAUGGAAGGGAUGAAUGACGAACAGGAAAUUCGAGCACUCGACACAAAACUUAAAAAAUUAAGCGCGGAAAAUAUGCAAAUACGUGACACAGAGUUUGCAGAUGACGAUGACGAAGAUAUUCCAACGCCCGAUAUAGAGACGAGUGACAAAGAUGUAGAGUUUGCAAAGAUGAAUGAUGACGAUGACGAAGAAGAUAUUCUUACGCUCGAUAUAGAGACGAGUGACAAAGAUGUUCAAGCACCUGACGCAGGGCUUAUCCUUAAAGGAAAAAAUUAUUCACAGGAUAAUGAUGCGAAUGCUACAACAGAUUCUGAAUUUUUACUUAAAUAUGCCAAAGUUAUUUAUAAUGCACUCCUAGCUGAGCUUGAAUCGCGACAAUUGUUAUAUGAAAUAGAUGAAAAACCACGCGUGUCCGAAUGUCCAACAGGACGAGAAAAGAAACGUGGUCAAAAAAGACGAAAGUACGAAAAUAAGUUGGUAUGA